AUUUCAUUUUCAUAUUUUCCAUAUUAUAUAUUUCACAAUUGUUCUCGUGCUUUGCUCUCUAUAGCAAAAGCAAAAAGCUUCUCUUCUUCUUUCUCCUUAAAACAGUUUCCUUUAGGGUUUUUAUUCAUUUUUUAUUCGUCUCUGAAGCUUUUAGCAAUGGCUUUUUCUUCUCUCUUCAGAUCCACCGCCGCCGCCGCCGCCUCCGCCUCUCUCAUCGAGGCGGCCUCCGAUCGGUCUGACCUAUCUCUCUCACCCUCUGAUCGCCUCAAGGUUUCCAGCCUUGGUUUUGGUGGAAAUUUCAACUCCUUUUUUGGUGCCUCUGUUUCAACUAGAUCUUCUUCAUUACAGAAAUGCAACUCAAGGAGUAUCCAACCCAUCCAAGCUACAGCUACUGAAAUUCCUCCUACAAUUCCAAAGUCACGGAGCAGUGGCAAGACCAAGAUUGGAAUCAAUGGUUUUGGUCGGAUUGGAAGGUUGGUUUUACGAAUAGCAACUUCAAGGGAUGAUAUUGAUGUAGUAGCUGUCAAUGAUCCUUUUAUUGAUGCCAAGUACAUGGCUUAUAUGUUCAAAUAUGAUUCAACUCACGGACCCUUUAAGGGAACUAUCAGAGUUGUGGAUGAGUCCACAUUGGAAAUUAAUGGCAAGCAAAUACAGGUUGUAAGCAAAAGGGACCCUGCAGAGAUCCCUUGGGGUGAGUAUGGGGCUGAGUUUGUUGUUGAGUCAUCUGGUGUUUUCACCACAUUAGCUAAGGCUUCAGCACAUAUGAAGGGUGGUGCCAAAAAAGUUGUAAUUUCAGCUCCUUCCGCAGAUGCACCUAUGUUUGUGGUGGGAGUAAAUGAGAAUACCUACAAUCCAAGCAUGGACAUAGUUUCAAAUGCUAGUUGCACUACCAAUUGUCUAGCUCCACUUGCCAAGGUGGUCCAUGAGGAAUUCGGUAUCGUUGAGGGUUUAAUGACAACUGUCCACGCAACUACAGCAACUCAGAAGACUGUUGAUGGCCCUUCAAUGAAGGACUGGAGAGGAGGUAGAGGAGCUGGCCAAAAUAUUAUCCCUAGUUCAACUGGUGCUGCAAAGGCUGUUGGAAAAGUUCUUCCUGAACUUAAUGGAAAGCUUACUGGAAUGGCAUUCCGUGUUCCUACACCCAACGUCUCUGUUGUGGAUUUAACUUGUCGACUUCAGAAGAGUGCCUCCUAUGAGGAUGUCAAAGCAGUCAUAAAGUAUGCUGCAGAGGGGCCACUUAAAGGCAUUCUUGGAUACACAGAAGAAGAUGUUGUCUCUAAUGAUUUUGUUGGUGAUUCGAGGUCAAGUAUUUUUGAUGCGAAAGCCGGAAUAGGGUUAAGUAAAUCUUUCAUGAAGCUUGUUUCAUGGUAUGACAAUGAAUGGGGUUACAGUAACCGAGUACUUGACCUAAUCGAGCACAUUGCACUAGUAGGAGCAACUCGCGACUGAAUAUUUUAGAGCUAUGCUGUUCCAAUUGAGGGACACCACAAUUUUAUCGUAGAUGUUUGUUUCAAUGAGUAGGCAUAAAUUCGAUUGUACCCCGAAGUGGUUUUUUCUUUCUUGUCGAUUGCAUAUCCAGGGAGGAAUCAGGCACCUGAUAAUGCAAUUCUAGAAAUAAUGAAAAUUGAAGCUUUGUAAGAGCACAUCGAGACUGCUUUAUUUAUUUUUUAAUGGCCAAAUAGUAGGGGAAUUGUCUUGUGAGAAAACAUUGUUGGGCAAGAUCUUGUAUUUUAAAAUCUAAUGUAUUAUCUGGGUUUAUGUUCA